UGCGAUCCUUCGGCACCGAGGACCGGCCCACGGACAGACCUGCUCCUCCCAGAGAAGAGAUCUAUGAAUACAUUAUAUUUCGAGGGAGUGACAUCAAAGACAUCACUGUCUGUGAACCUCCAAAAGCUCAACAUACUCUGCCACAAGAUCCUGCCAUUGUCCAAUCUUCACUGGGCUCUGCCUCUACAUCAUCCUUUCAGCCACAUGUGCCUUACAGCCCGUUUAGAGGUAUGCCACCUUACAGCCAGCUUGCUGCCAGCUCUUUGCUUAGCCAGCAGUAUGCAGCUUCCUUAGGUUUAGAGAAAUUGGUAAGCCCUCCAGCAUCAGCAGCUGCUUCCAGCCCUAGUUCUUCUCCGUCUCCACAACCUGUUUCAGAGCCUGACAUGUCUUCAGAGCCCCAUCAGCUUUCUUCCAAGGGUGCUGGCUUUCCUUCUGUUCACCCAGUGCGCAAAAGCCCCAUGGUAGAACAGGCUGUUCAGACUGGCCCAGUUGACAGCCUGAAUUCCCAAAAGCUGCCACCAGUGAAGGUGACUCCAGGGAUUCAGCGCAGCGUGCGGCAGGUUCCCCCGGCCAACAGCAAGGCCAGUGAUACAGUUCAGCCAGCACCUGUGCAGACCCAAGGGCAGGUGAACGAUGAAAACAGAAGACCUCAGAGGAGAAGAUCAGGAAACAGGAGAACCAGAAACCGUUCUAGAGGACAAAACAGACCAACUACUGUGAAGGAAAAUACAAUAAAGUUUGAAGGUGACUUUGACUUUGAAAGUGCAAAUGCACAAUUCAACAGAGAGGAGCUGGAUAAAGAAUUCAAGAAGAAACUAAACUUUAAAGAUGACAAAGCAGAGACGGGGGAAGAAAAGGGAGACCCUGGAGUGGCAACCCAGAACAAUGAUGCUAAUGCAGAGGAGGACCUGCUGGGACCCAACUGCUAUUAUGAUAAAUCCAAGUCUUUCUUUGACAACAUUUCAUCAGAACUGAAGUCUAGGCGCACCACGUGGGCUGAGGAGAGGAAGCUCAACACGGAGACGUUUGGAGUGUCCGGGCGGUUCCUGCGCGGCCGCAGCUUCCGAGGGGGAUUUCGAGGUGGAAGGGGCAAUGGAGCAGCAAGGAGAAACCAACCUACCCACAGAGCUGGUACUGGCAGAGUGUAA